AUUACACAAAAUAAACGAGAUAGGAGUUUAUUGCAAGAACUUCAACUUCUAUCUUUUUGUCAGAUUCUCGCAUUUAGUGUUUCAGAAAAAAAUGCGUUUUGUUUUGCCUUUUUGGAUUGGGGCGUGUUGGCAAUCAUGCCUCCUUCGGCUCCUGCUCUUCACUUCAUUACCCACUCUUUUCAGCAGUAUGGUUGCAACGCCUGAACGAGCCGCGAAGGCGAUUGAGAUGGAAGAAGACUGGUCGACUGGCGAGGAGCUCCUGCAGCAACUAGAUCCAAAUGAAGUCGUCACUAAUGAACCAUCUGCAAGUUUUUGUGUGAAUCUUCUCUCUCUCCUCCCAUCCGAGAUCCUUUCCAACAACGUUGCGCGAGCUGCUGGCACUGGGGACUUUCUGAAAUUAGCCUCUGGCUCGACCGCAACGGCGGCUUUGCACCACCAGGUGUUGCACAGCGAUCUUCCGGGAAGUUUUCGGGCAAAUGUGGAGAAACAGCUGAAAGGGGCUCGCUCGUGGCAGGACUUUGUGCAGGCGGUGAAACUCUGGCAGGACCGAUUUCGCCCGGACGCGGACUUUUUGGACGUAAACAGACCCGGACGCAAAUUGUUGCUGAAAACACUCAGUCACGAAUUGCAGCGGUCGCCACUAACGUUCAGCUGCACCCACAUUCUACCGCUACUGCGCCGGUUCAGUGCAGGGGAGAUUAUUGAGGGAUUAGGUGCCUGCAACAGAACCUCCACUGCGAACAAAUGCCGCCCGGUCGUCGGGUGCAUAGCCUCUCGUCCAGUCUGUGCAUCGAUCCCGCUUCCGACGGCCACCAGAGCGGAAUCUUCGAGUUCAUCUGCUUCCCCGCGCACCGCUGCAAGGCAAAGUGUGGUGGACGCUGACGCCACGCGCGUGCAGGAAAAAUGGGGGCGGAACGUCCUCCACACCAUUCGGUCGUCGUGUGCGGAUCACUCUGGCUGCGCGCACACGUGUAGGGCGAGUUUGUUGAUGACCAUUUUGCGCCUAAAUUUUGUCCUUCCAGCGGACCGCAUUGCGCGUAGAACGAAUUCUGGAAGUUCAUCAGGGACUAGCUGCCAAGGAGGUGCUGGGACGAGGGACACUACGCACGGUCCUCCAAAGACGACAUGUUUGUGCUGGAAAAAUUCGCUCGGGCACGAGAAGGAAAGCGCGCUGCUGAGUCGGAGAAGACAGUGCGUAGUAAGCGAACAACCGAGAAAUCCAGAUGGGAGCGUGGCAUCAAAUCCCAAGAAAAAUAAGGGCAACGAUCAUGCUCCUGAAGAUCAUCAUGAAGUUCUUAUGCACCCACCGCCACCAGCACCAGCAGCACCACCAGCUGCAACCAACCCUGGAUGGAACGAUCACGGGACGUUCCUGCGCAAGAGAAAAAGUGACCGGGGCCUCUUCGGACAAGAGGCCGUUCACCCACCUCCGCGUUCCAGCGAUGCCUUUUUGCGCGUGCCGUUUUACGGCUCUCAGCCGAACUUCUCGACCGCAGCGUGCAAUUUCUGUGUCGACCGGCGUUUCGCGAGAGAACUUGCGGGGUUCAUUCGGGACAGCGUUGUAAAACUUGGGAUCGAACUUGCCUCCACGUCUAGAACUGGGACCGCUGCAGAGGACUCCGACAUGGUGGUUGAAGAGCAAGAUCAUGUUGUUCUUGAAGACGUCGACACAGACAUGAUUCCAGCCGACAACGAGGAGCUGCCGCGGCAAGCGCGGGAUGUUGAGGACGAGAUGAUGGCACAAGAACUGCAAAACCGCGAGGAAGAUGAGGCAAAUGCAAAUGAUCAGCUUCAGCACGAGAGGCAACUCCUGUGGCGGAUCAUCUACAACAUCUGCUACGGCUGCGGCCCGGAGUGGUUCUACGCCGAUACUUUUGGCUUCACGAGGCAGCAUGUGCGUGCGUUGACGAAUCUUCUUGACCAAAGCAUCCCGCAGCUACUAGGCGGAGAUAAAGUAGGAGUUGAAGAACAGGUGCCAGGUGGAACUCCAUCUUCGCGGCUUAGUGUGCCACUUAUUUCACAGCAACCAUCAGUCUCUUCUGGUGAAAUAGGUGAUGGCGCUAGUACAUCAACAGCCACCACAUCUACGUCACCGAGGCAGCUUGAUUCGAUCACGCGGCUGCAUGUGAGAUGGAAGAAGGAACUUGCGAAGCACGAGAAUGACCUGGCGUGGGUGCAAUUCUGGCUUCUUUCAGUUUCUGUGUCAGUGUAUGAACAUGGGGUCAAGGAUCAACUAACAGCCUGUGGUGCUACUGCCGGCACUUCCUCGUGCACAACAUUUUCGCCUUCGUCGAUGGCAUCAGUCUCAACAGCCGCAUCUUCUUGUUCCCCAGUUGCAGCGGAACAUCAGACUCCGCCUUGUCUUCCAGAUCAAGACGCGGACGGGGAUAUCUCUUCUUUCGGAGAGGUUAGUGCACCAUCCGAUGAAAUUCAACAGCUGGUCGACGGUCACGUUGCUUUGCUCGAGCUAAUUCUCGUACGAGCUGUUGAGUCCGAAGUGCGGUUGCGUGUGUUGGAAUUGAUCGGUUACUGUUCCGAUUCAGUGCUAGAUUCCAUCGCAGAGGCUCUGUGGAGGCUCCUACCACGGCAUCCGUACAGCACCGACCCAGCAGUGAAGGCGAGACUGGAAAGAUUGCUAAAAAAGGUCUGGGCGUAUCGAAUGUCCGGGCGGGAGGAGGAGCGCGGGAAGAGGAGACUUGCGGAGUUGGCCGCGGAAGAAGGCGACGGGCUGUGACAGUAGGAGAAUGCUGUGCAGGUGCCGUUUUGAUAUGUUUCACUUUCAGUUUUGUUCGAGAAUACAGUCUGUGAACAGGCCUGCGAAUGAAUCUGUUUUGCUUUUUCGAGGUAGUGUACACAAGAGCGACCCAUACGUAGAUACUAGUAACCUACUUCUGUCUCCGUGGGUCCUGUAGAAAGAAUCCGAAGACAAAAAUGAAACUCGCAUUGCAAUUUUUCUGCACAAAUGUACAAGCUCAGCUCGCAGCUGUCUGCUACUAUUUCAUUUGAAGAAAAUCCAAAUUGGCGAAAUGAAUGCAAAUAUCAACGGUUGUGCUUGUGGAUGAAAG